CCCGCGCGGGGUCCUUCAGCAGACGGUGCGGGGCGGAAGUCGCACACACACGAGCGCGCUGCUGUUGUUUCUGUCGAUAAACCGAUUUAUAACUCUUUAUUUCUGCGUUUCGUCGCUGUUUAUUAAUAAUUUGCGUGGAGAAGCGCGUUUAUUUUCUCCACCAUGGCUCCUACAAUACAGACGCAGGCGCAGCGCGAGGACGGACACCGGAGUUCAGCUCACAGAAGCGUCCCAGAGAGGUCUGGCGUCGUGUGCAGAGUGAAGUAUGGAAACAGUCUUCCGGAUAUCCCGUUCGAUCCGAAGUUCAUCACGUAUCCGUUUGAUCAGCACAGGUUUGUGCAGUACAAAGCCACGUCGCUGGAGAAACAACACAAACACGAGCUGCUCACCGAACCGGAUCUGGGCGUCACCAUCGACCUCAUCAAUCCCGAUACGUACCGCAUCGACCCCAACAUUCUGUUGGAUCCUGCUGACGAGAAACUGCUGGAGGAGGAAAUCCAGGCUCCGUCGAGCUCAAAGAGGUCCCAGCAGCACGCGAAGGUGGUGCCGUGGAUGAGGAAGACGGAGUACAUCUCCACCGAGUUCAACAGAUACGGCGUCUCCAACGAGAAGGUGGAAGUCAAGAUCGGUGUGUCCGUGAAGCAGCAGUUCACAGAGGAGGAGAUCUACAAAGACAGAGACAGUCAGAUCGCGGCCAUUGAGAAGACGUUUGAAGAUGCACAGAAAUCCAUUGCUCAGCAUUACAGCAAACCCAGAGUCACGCCGGUGGAGGUUCUGCCCGUCUUCCCAGACUUCAAGAUGUGGAUUAAUCCGUGCGCUCAAGUCAUCUUCGACUCUGAUCCGGCGCCUAAAGAUGUUUCUGGACCGGCGGGAGUGGACAUGAUGUCACAGGCCAUGAUCAGGGGUAUGAUGGACGAGGAAGGAAAUCAGUUCGUGGCGUACUUCCUGCCUAACGAGGACACGAUGCGCAAACGCAAGAGAGACGUGGAGGAGGAUAUGGAGUACAUGCCUGAUGAAGUGUAUGAUUAUAAAAUUGCUCGUGAGUACAACUGGAACGUGAAGAACAAGGCCAGUAAAGGAUACGAGGAGAACUACUUCUUCAUCUUCAGAGACGGAGACGGGGUUUAUUACAACGAGCUGGAGACCAGGGUACGUCUGAGCAAGCGGCGAGCGAAGGUUGGCGCUCAGUCGUCUACAAACGCUGUGCUGGUGUGUAAACACAGAGAUAUGAACGAGAAGGAGCUGGAGGCUCAGGAGGCCCGCAAGGCUCAGCUGGAGAAUCACGAGCCUGAAGAUGAAGAGGAGGAGCUGGACAUGGAGAAAGACCUGCAGGACUCUGGUGAGGAGCGUGAGAAGGGCAGCGACUCGGACAACUCCGAGAGCGAGUCCGAACGCGAGGAUGAGGAGAGGCCCGCCGACGAAGAGGAGGAGGAGGAGGAGGAUGAAGAGGGCGGUAAGCGGCGCGAGAGGAAGAGCAGCGGCAGCGAGAGCGGCGAGGACCGGCAGGCGCGAGACGAGGAGGAGAUUUUCGGCAGCGACGACGACAGCGAGGAUGAUGAGGGAGGAAGAGCGAGGAGCAACAGCAGCAGCGUCCAGCACAGCGGCAGCGAGAGAGCGUCCGACUCCAGCGACGCCAGCGACAGCGAUUGAGACGCCGGCACGUCACGCUCGGCCCCGCCCACCAGCAGCUGCAGCACUCGUGCUGUUUCCUGUUGUGAACUCAGAUCUCUGUCUCUGUUGUGUCUCUGAAGGUUUUAGGGUGAAUGUCCUGUCCAGCUCUCUCUUCACCCCCAUUCAAAUCCAAUUCUGCUUGACCUGGACGUGUGAGAUUGAUUCGACGUGUGUGUGUGUGUGUGUUGCGAUCUGUGAUAGAUGUUGAUGUGAGACAUGAACUGAAUGACUGGUUUGUCAUUUGAGUUUUCAUUUGGUGUUUGAUGUUCCUCUUUUAUUUCUCUGCUUUUUCAUCAUGGACUGAGCGAAUCGCUUAUUAGUGAGCAUCUUUUUCCGUAGUUUUCUCUCAUUACAGUGUAAACAUUGUAAAUAAACAAUGAUUUGGUUUGUUUUCUAGAAGUGAAUGUGACUGGAGUCGUACACAGUGUUGGGGAAAUUUACUUCUAAAACUAAUGCAUUACAAUAUUGUAAUGUAAAGAAGUAACUAAUCGUGUUACUUUUUAUGGAAAGUAAUGCGUUACUUUUGUGUUACUUUUGCGUUACAUUUUAAAUCUAGGCAGGUCUUGCUUGUUUGUUUUUAAUAUAAAAAGUUCUAUUUUAAGCAAAUGUAAAAGCUCUUUCACACCAAAAAGUAAAAUGAAUCAGCCUCAGGCUGAAGGAAAAGUAAACUCACAUCUACACUAGAAAACAGGACAAGAAACUUCAGGAGUUAAAAAAUGAAGCACAAAUGUUUAUCUGAAGUCAAUUUUGCUCAUUUUUAUUGUGGUUGAAUUGGAUCAUUAAAGGUCAGCAGCAAAGACAUUGUUAAAGGAAAUGGGGUUAAAUACAUAAAGGAUAUUUGUGUUAUUUACACAUUUAAUUAUUGUAGGUUUGUGUUAUAUUCUGAGUUGCAUUUCAAUUUUAAUUCAUUUUGGUGAAUACUAAAUCUUUUUUUUUUUGCAA